AUGUCAAUACACGAUCAAUAUCAGCUUGAUUCUUAUGACAACGAUAUUAUAGCUUUGCCAAAUGAAUCAAAUAUGUCAGAUAUAUCAGAGAAUCCAAAUGACCUAGACAUUGAAUCAAACUCAAGCUCACCUGAACAAUCCACAUCACAAAAUAAUGGCAUUACUGUUAUUACUAAUAGUCUGGUUCAAACAACAAAUGAAGAUGGUAACGAAGAUACCUGUGGUCAAGAAUAUGAGUUAUCAACUGGAACAGGAAACUUAAAAUCUCAUUUACGCCAAGUUCAUAGAAUUUUGCCCCCUGAAACAAAUAAUAAAAAUAACCAAUUGUUAGCUGAUGAUUUAAAGCAAAGUGUUAAUCGACAAGAAAGGCAAAAUAGUUUAAAAAUUUUAGAAGCUCUCUUAUCAACCGAAGAAUGGAAUUCAUUAGACGAAUUAGCAAAACUUUUACAUCCUUUUGCACAAGCAACAGGAUAUAUCAGAGGAAAUCAAUAUCCUACUUUAGGAAUGAUGAUACCUACCCUUAUUAAGCUUUCACGCCAUUUACGAGAUUUUUAUCCAACAAUAACAUCGAUAACAGUAAAAGCUUAUGGUUUGAACCGUCACUUAAUAGUCUUAUAG